AUGCAAGCUAGACGGACGCCCUCCCCUUCGCUGCCGCCGCCCUCCUCUCCCCCAACAGCUCCCCACUACCUAGGCGAGCCCUCGACUCCGUCCGACGAUCGUGAACCAGUCUCGCCGACUUGGACUGCCCCAUCCCCGUCUCGCACGCUAGGGCAUUCGAGCCCAGAGCUGCCUCUCCUUCCCUCCUUCUCCGUACUAGGCAAUCCCCCCCGCACACCAUCCACCGCUGCGAGGCGCGAGCGAACCGACACUUCGUACUACACGGCAAGCUGGGGCAGUCCGUACCGACACCCUCCGCCAACCUUCGACCUUGGCCGUCAAGUCUCGGCUAAUUUUGGCAGCGACGACUUUGACGAGGAACCCUCUGGUCUCCAGUUUGGCCUUGACCAUCUGCUCCCGUCGCGACUAGAUCUCGAGGCCGACUCGCCCAACAGGUUCAACCUCGAGCAUCUCAUCCCCUCUUUGGACCGCAACGUAUCGCCGAACCGCUUUACGCUCGAGCAUCUAAUUCGAUCUCGCCUGCCCAGCCUCGACCCUCUGACAAGAGAAGAACGGGAAUCUGGCAGCACUCCUCGACCAUCUGAUUCGAACCCUACAUCGGAAGAGUGGGUUCAACGGUUUCUCGAGGAGCGUUGGAAUCGCGAGACAAACGACUGGCGGAGCAACGACAGUGAUACCGAAGGAUCAGCGGGCGAUCAGGACAUACCAUUCGUCCCCCCACCGAAGCGAGGCCACCAAGCCAGAAACAAAAACAAGACACUGAACCAGCAGGACUUCUGGCGCCACUUUAGCAAGGACCAGAAGGAAGCACUGGGCAAGAUGAUGGCCUCCAAAUACGCGGAACCUGAGCCCGCGGGUUCCCAAAGGCAAACUUCAGGCUCCCAGACAAAUGGACACAGCGUAUCGGGCGAGAAGACGCCGAUUCCAACACCUUCAAAAGCAACCCAGCCAGCGAAUGAGACCCCUGCCAAGAUGGGCAAUGGUGAUACCGCAAAGCUGCCAGACCAGGAAUCGUCGACAAGCAGGCCAACCUCCAGCACCCAGGCAAGCUCAUUCCUUGCUCCCCCAAAUACUGCGCCUGCGCAUCCGAGAAUGCGUAAGAAGGUGAUUGUGAAAGGAAAGGGUUGCAUCAUCUCUAUACCGCGCGAUAUUCCUAGAGGCAACCCAGGCUAUCCUCCUAAGCCAAUGAGUGAAGAAACCGUCAACGCGAAGCUUAGGCAACUCGAGCAGCAAGGCUACGAUAUCCGGGGCUUCAGCACCGGCGGCCAGGAGACACAUAACAGAGCCAUCUGGCCAAUAGAAGCUGAUGUACAAGCAGAGCGUGCCAAUUCGGGUUCGAAAUUCAAAGUACGCGUAUCUAAGGAAUCGGAAUGGAAAGACUACCAGAACUCUUUGCUCGAGGCAAAGCUUGCAGCACUCGGUGUCAGCAUGGGCGGCGAGGAAGACAUAGCUCUUCCUCUUUCACGCCAGACAUCCUCGCAACAACAUCCAGGAACGGUCUUCUCUCCACCUCUGCCUACCUCAUCUGCUGGUAGCGCCCGCAUGGCUAGGCCUGGCAGCAUCGCAUCAAUUGGGUUCCCAUACGUCCCGUCUCCUGGACACAUGUCACGGCAGUCGAUUGCUUCUCCUGCGGCUUUUGGAAACCCUCGUGCAAACAUGCAUAUGCAUCGUCAUUCCACUUUUGGGUCGCCUGCCAACUUCGCUCAACAUGGUUAUUCACCUUCGGGUACAUGGUCACCAAGUGGUUACUUCAAUGCUCAGGAUGGUCGCACCGCAUCUCCUGCUCUUGCAAUGAACCGUCCAGAUCUGGCUGAGCUCAUCUCGCCCCGCUCGCCAUUUGGUAUGGGCCAGCAGAUGCCUAUCACACCAACGCAGAGACACGAUUUCCAGCUACAGAUGCAAAUGCAGCAGCAGCAACUUCAGGCCCAGCUUCUUCAACAACAACAGCAGCAGCAGCAGCAACAAGUCCUUAGUAUGCGACCCGCAUCCACGCUUGCUGAAGUACCUGAGGACGAGGAUGAGGAAGACGAAGUACCGCCCAUGAAGCACGCCACUCAAACCAAGACUGAGAUUGCUGUACCCACUCCCCGGGGCCAUCGUCACAACAUUAGCGAGAACCUGGAACGCGAGGCAGCUAACGAAGAGUAUCACUUGGAAGAGGCCAUUGAUAAGCAGUUUGCCGAAGGUGGAGACUUUAGUACGGAGCCAGAGACUAAUGUCCCAUUGAAGCAUUCCAAUGCUGUGGCCAAACCCAAGUGGGAGGAAUCUCGACCAAUCUUGCACCAGCCUCAGCCACACAGCAGGACUCACUCGCUCGCACAAUCGCAAAACCCCGUCUCCUUUUCGUUCCCAGCACAACAGACACCUGCUUCCGACAGCGACGGCGCGCGUACGAACCUUUCAGAAAACACCAAUCCCAGUUUGGAAGAUGGAGAGGUCCGCAGCGCCGACCAGGGCUCUGUGCAGCAUUCCAAGGCGCCCUCGCAAGUCAGCAAUUCUUGGAAAGACAACAAGUUCGCCUUCAACAAGCCUGCAUCCUCCACGCACAGCAAGCAUACCUCGCGCUCUUCCAUUUCGAAGCUCAAUGUCGAAGCCAAGGAGUUCAAGUUCAACCCGGCAGCGUCCUUCAGCCCUGGAUCUUUCUCGUCCGGCUUCAGCUUCGCACCUGCCGUCAAGCCACCUGCGGAGCAAAGUGUCCAUCAGACAAACAAGACGAGCAUGGACGGAAUGGCCAACUUCAAUGCCUCUGUGCCCGCGUUCAAGCCAGAGGCACCCACGUUCAAGCCAGACGCCCCUGCGUUCAAGCCUACUUCAAAUGGCUUCGACUUCUCAAGUCCGCCAUCAUUCAAGCCCGAUGCGCCUGUAUUCAGUCCUGGAGGGUCGACAUUUGAUCCCAACAAGACCGCUCCUGCACCAACGAGCUUCUCCUCCAAGAUCUUUGGAGAUGUCAACAUCUCUGCUAAUGAUAUCAUCAAGCCAGCUACCCGCUCCAAGGCUGUUCCUAUUGUCAGGCCGGAUAACACGCGUCAGCCAACGCCCAAAGAGCAGGAAGACCGUAUGGAUGAAGCUGGCCGGCCCAUGCAAGCUGAUGGUCGCGAGAAACGUGUGCGUCGUGAUCGCGCUGACGGUGACGACGUGCCCAAGUUUGCUCUUCAGCCAAUCCUCGCCUCGCAGCCUUUGGCGGAAGUCAAGGAGCCGAAUGCUAUCACUGUGGAUGCCAAGGUUACACGCGAGAGCCCUGCUGAAGACAAGGAGAACCGCUCGCCCGACAGCAAGCAGGCUAAGAUCAAGUCAAAGACUCCGUCACCGCAGCCCCAACAGCAGGAUACAAGGCCAUUUGAGCCCAUUUCCCCUGCUCCUGGAAGUGAGCAAGGCGCAGACGAGGAGACACAUGCUAGUGACAUACCCACUCCCACCACUGAGGAACCCGAACCAACGACCAAGAAACAUAGCCACAAGAGCACUCUCUCCGCCAAUGCCAAACCGUUCGAGUUCAAGCCCCAGUUCAGCAACGCUGGCUACGAUUUUGGUUUCCACGUUACAAAGCCUUCUCAAGCCGAGGAACCUGCGAAGGCUCGGCUAUCGCCUGCAAGGAUUACUAGCAGGAGCCCAGCAACUACUUACCGACCCAGCGAUGACGGUUCAUUCAAGACGGCCAUGGAGUCUGGCAGACAGACCCGUUACCGUGAGAACGAGAGCGUUGAUUUCGAUAAUAUCGGCGAGGCUUCGUUUAACGACAUUGAUGCAGUCAUGAAGCAUAUGGACGGAGAGGGCUCGGACUUUGGCGUCGAGCGUGAUGAGACAUCUUGGGAUCACUCCUCUCCCCAGAGGACGCCACACGUGUUUGAGCGCCACGACCUGCAGCCAAACUUCAAGCUGCGUAGUGACGCACCUAGCCCCAGCCCCCGCCGGGGAUUCAUUCCCGGUCCCGCAGCAUCAACGCUGGAUCCGUUUGACAGUGAGAGGGCUGCGCUUUCGUACCAGUCUCCUGUGCGUGAGGUGAACAACGUUGAUGACGGACAUCUCAGCGACUGGGAUGAUGAUGGCCUGUUGAGCGAGGACGAGAACAAGGUCCAGACGCGCAGUGGCUUCUUCGACAAACACGUUGAUGAGCUUAUGGGUCGUCUCCUGCAAGACCGUCUUAGCCCGCUGCAGCAAAACUUGCAAGGCAUCCAGCAAGCACUUGUAGCCAUGACACAACGCACGCGACGUGGGCGUCGCAGCAUGUCUACCAGCGAACGUCUGGACAGCGAUGCAGAUGAUGAAGACGAUGAGAUUGGUACUGAGGCAGACUACCGCAACAGAUCUCGAGGCAAAGACAAGAAGCUGGAGAAGAUCAGGUCGAUCGUCAUGGACGCACUUGAGGUGCACCAAUCACAGAUCACAUCGUUGCCGGUGCCGGUACCAGUAGCGGAACCAAUCAUCCCUGAGAAAAUCAGGGACAUUGUCACCGAUGUCAUCACACAACACCAGCCACCUGUGCAACACGUCGAACCUAUUUCUGUUGACCAGAUUCGCGCUAUUGUUCAGGAUGCCAUCGCUUCGAGCAAGGCAGCACCAGAGUAUCCCACCGAGACUCUCAAGGCCGAAGACGUCCGAUCCAUUCUUGCCGACAUGCUCGCGUCUCAUGCUCCUCAGCCUGUGAGGCCUGACGACAUCAGGUCGAUUGUUAUGGAGGCGUUCGAGACUCACGCUCCUCAGCCAUUGCCGGCACCAGUUCCUGAGCAAAUCUGGCCAGAUGACCUCAAGGCCAUUGUCGCAGAAGCGAUUGCGUCUUCUCACACCCCGCCUCCGCCGGCACACACUGCGGAUUCUGUCCAGCCGGACUUGAUCCGCUCCAUCGUAACCGAAGCAUUGGCAUCUCAGAAGCCUGCCGCCACUCUAGAGGCACCUGUCAAUAUUCCCCAGCCAUCGCUUGAAAUGUCUGAGAUGUACCAGAUUAUUGGUAGCCUCAAGGCUUCUAUUGCGCAGACCACCAGUCAUCACCUGCAAGCUGAAGACGUUCGUGAGCUCAUCGACGAUGCUUUCAAGCGUCAGAACAUGGAGACUGCGAAGCUCGAGGAGUCCAAAGCUAUCCAAGAGAGGGAUGCACGCAUCGCCGACCUCGAGGACAUGCUCAAGGAGGCUACUCUUCGCUUUGAUACCGAGGCCGAAGCGCGCAAGGCUCUUGAGGCCCGUGAAGUCGACUCUGCUCGCCUUCUCAAGGUUACUGAGGAAGAGCUUACCCUUCUCCAGCAAGCCGCUCGUGACGAUGAGAGGAAGAUUCGUUCUCUGACAGAGGAACGUGAUGAUCUUCGCCGUAGUUUCGAUACUCUCAAGAGUAACGAAGAUGUAUUCCGUGACAGGAUUUCCACACUUGACGGCGAGAAUGAGCGGCUCAAGCUUACAAAUAUUGCUUUGGAAAGCUCUGAAGAGGACCUUAAGAAGAAGCUGGAUUCUGUUACCGCUGAGAACGAGGCACUGACAUUUACACUGGAAGAGCACCGCCUCUCUGCCAAUAAGUGGCGUGGCGACCUCCAGGUAGCCCACGAGGAAGCAGAGCAGCUCCGCAAGGCCAUCGGCGAGUCACGUUUCCAGGCCGAAGAGGCUACUCGUGUCCGUGAGUCUAUGCGUGUCAAGUUUGAGAAACUCCAGCAAGAUAUGGUUGCUGCCUCCCAGCAGGUUGCAGCUGAACGCGCUCAAUGGCAGAAGAACGAGGAGGCAUCUGCAAGCAAGUACGAGGUCCUUAGCGCACGUAUUGAGGCUGAAGGUCGCACACGCGAGCGUCUUGAGAGAGAGCUCGAGCGCCUUGAGACUCAGGAGCGUGAGGGUAUGAAGCUCAGGUUCCACCUCGAACAAACCCAGAAGCACAACUCCAGGCUAGAGGAGACUAUCCAACAGCUGAGGAAGGAGACUGUGGAGCACCAGAGGAACGCUGAGCGCUACGAGCGCGACAUGCGUGAAGCGAGGGACGCUGCUCACGUUGAGAUCCGCCGCACCCGUGUGCUCAUGGAGGCCGAUAUCGAUGCCGCCAACAACCAGGUCAACAUUGUUCGCCACGAGCUCGAGAGCGAAAUCAACCGUGUCCGUGCCGAGCUGGACCAAGUUCGCAUGGACGCAGAUACUGCCAAGGAGAAGCACGAGCUUGACUUGGAGGCAGCCUCUGAUGCCAAGAAGCAAGCGGUUCAAGAAGCGAUCGAGAAGCAGAAACUCAGCAUGCAAGAACAGCAGCGUGCGUUUGAGCGUCAACUUGCGCACGUCAAGCACGAGCAUGCUCGUGCUCUCGAGUUUGCACGUGAAGACAAGGAUCGCGCUGAGGCCUUCCACAAUGACAAGCUUGCUUUGGCUGACUCCAAGCUCGACCACUUCAAGGACAAGAUCUCCCUGUUGGAAGAGAAGCUACAGGUUGCAAAGGAAGCUGCCAAUGCUGCGGUUGCCGCUGCUUCCAAGUCACCAACCUCUUCUUCCUUUGGUCUAAGCAGCUCUGACAAGAUUUCCACCCAAGCACUGCGCGAAUCCAUUGCUGUUCUACAAGAGCAAUUGCAAGAGCGUGAGGGACGUAUCGAGUCGCUUGAGCAGCAACUCGAAGAGGUUGAUACUGAGGCACCAGCCAAGCUCAAGGAGCGCGAGACCGAGAUCAACUGGCUACGUGAGCUCCUCGGUGUACGUGUGGAUGAUCUGAACGACCUGAUCACCGCUUUGGCUCAGCCAACUUUCGAUCGUGAGACUGUUCGUGACGCCGCAAUUCGCAUCCGCACAAACUUGCAGAUGGAGCAGUCAGAGAAGGAGCGCCUCAUUUCUGGUGGACAGCAGUCCUUCCCCACGCUCAGCACGUUGUCCAACUUUGCCUCACCCAAGGCAGUCCAGCUUGCUGCUGCCAUUGGCAACUGGCGCAAAGGCCGUGGAGAGGCUACCUCCGCCCUUGCGGGAAAGUCUACCACCGCACAACGCACCCAAACACCAUCGCGGCCCCAAUCUCACUCCGCACAGUCCUUUCUCUCCGGCCUCAUGACGCCGCCAACCUCCAACAUGCGCCGUAACCUCGAAGUUCCUUCCGCUUCUCAGCGCCCACAAGACGCCCGCUCGAACUCGAUGAGCUCGCACGCGUCGACUGAAGUUGGUUUCCCUGUUCUUGGAAAGCAGCCCCGCACACCACCUCUAAUGAGGAAGCAGGCUUAUGACCAAGACGCGGACAUGGAGCCAUGGAGCGAGAGUGGCUUCUACGAAGACGAAAGCGCCAUUGAAGAAGGUGAACUCACGCCUUUGGCGCUCAACUUUGGAAGGGAACUCAGGCAAUGA